UUUCGGGAAUCUCCGCGGGGCCCUGACUUGUCUGAUUGAGCGUUACGCUUGUAACAUGGCGGCGGUGGAGGUGCUGGUGAAGGGAGAGGAGUGGAACAUCUUUGGCUGAAAUAAAAGAGAAAGAAACGUGAAUUCCGCUGUUCUAAUUUCUGUCGAGUAAUGGACCCGUGGCUUUCUGCAACACGUGCGCACGAAGAACGUAAGAAAGAUUUGCAACAGCGGGAGCAACCAAAGGAAUAAGUUUAUAGGACCGACGGGGAGGGAAAGAGGAAUAAAAGUCCGAAAAUGUCGGGUUCUAAGGUGAAAGUUGCAGUGAGGGUCCGGCCAAUGAACCGACGAGAGCUGGAGCUCAAUACCAAGUGCGUGGUGGAGAUGGAAGAAAAUCAGACUGUCCUUCAUCCACCGCCUUGUCCAAACACGUCCAAGGCAGACAACAGGAAAGGACCUAAGGUGUUUGCUUUUGAUCAUUGCUUCUGGUCCAUGGAUGAAACUAACAAAGCAAAGUAUGCAGGUCAAGAAGUAGUUUUCAAAUGCCUUGGUGAAGGGAUACUUGAGAAUGCAUUUCAAGGAUAUAAUGCUUGCAUUUUUGCCUAUGGGCAGACAGGUUCAGGAAAGUCUUUCUCGAUGAUGGGCAGUGUUGAUGUACCAGGCCUUAUACCUCGUCUUUGUGGUGCAUUGUUUGGGAGAGUCUCCAAAGAGGAAAGUGAAUCUCACACAUUUAAAGUAGAAGUGUCAUAUAUGGAGAUCUAUAAUGAAAAGGUGCGGGAUCUCCUGGAUCCAAAAGGGAGUCGGCACACCUUGAAAGUUAGAGAGCAUAAAGUAUUGGGCCCCUAUGUAGAUGGCUUGUCGCAACUGGCUGUUACUUGUUUUGAAGAUAUUGAAUCCUUAAUGUCUGAAGGAAACAAAUCACGAACAGUUGCUGCUACCAACAUGAAUGAAGAAAGCAGCCGUUCUCAUGCUGUGUUCAGCAUUAUCUUGACUCAGACACUUUAUGAUCUCCAAAGUGGCACUUCUGGAGAGAAAGUAAGUAAGUUGAGCCUCGUAGAUCUGGCUGGGAGUGAGAGAGUUUCUAAGACUGGAGCUGCUGGAGAGCGUUUAAAGGAGGGCAGUAACAUUAACAAGUCACUUACAACACUAGGAUUGGUUAUUUCUGCCUUAGCGGACCAAGUGGGAGGCAAGGGCAAAAACAAGUUUGUGCCUUACAGAGAUUCUGUGCUUACCUGGCUUCUCAAGGAUAACUUGGGAGGAAAUAGUAAAACGGCUAUGAUAGCAACAAUUAGCCCUGCUGGAGACAACUACGAAGAAACACUUUCCACACUGAGAUAUGCUGAUCGGGCCAAACGCAUUGUAAACCAUGCUGUGGUGAACGAAGACCCAAAUGCCAAGAUCAUUCGAGAGCUACGUGAGGAAGUGGAAAAAUUGAAGGAGCAGCUAAGUCAGGCUGAGGCAAUGAAAGCUCCUGAGCUCAAAGAGAAAUUAGAGGAAUCUGAAAAGCUCAUUAAAGAUUUGACUAUCACUUGGGAGGAGAAACUGAGAAAAACUGAAGAAAUCGCACAGGAACGACAAAAGCAACUUGAAAGUAUGGGCAUCUCCCUGGAGUCCUCUGGCAUUAAAGUUGGGGAUGACAAGUGCUUUUUAGUCAACCUGAAUGCUGAUCCUGCACUCAAUGAACUGCUUGUCUAUUACUUGAAACAUCACACCAGGGUUGGUGCAGAUGAAUCUCAGGACAUACAGCUGUGUGGAAUUGGCAUCCAGCCUGAGCACUGUGUCAUUGACAUUUCAGCAGAUGGGGAUGUUACUCUCUGCCCAAAUGAAAAUGCCAGAACCUGCUUGAAUGGUGCUGUAUUGCAUGCUCCAAACUCUCUCUGGCAUGGCGACAGAAUUCUCUGGGGAAAUAACCACUUCUUUAGAAUUAACCUACCAAUGAGGAAGAGGAGAGACAAAUUAAAAGAAUAUGAGAGUGAGGCAAAUCGAGAAUAUGGUGCAGAGCAAGAUGUGGAGACAGCAAGUGAAGCUUCAUCCGAACCAGAUUAUAAUUAUGAAUUUGCACAGAUGGAAGUCAUGAUGAAAGCUCUCAGCACAAAUGAUCCUGUUCAGAAUGUUGUGCAGAUUCUCGAGAAGCAGUAUCUUGAGGAGAAGAAGAAUGCACUUGAAGAGCAGCGGCUAAUGUAUGAGCGUGAGCUGGAGCUCCUUCGUCAACAGCUGUCACCAGACAGGCUACACCGGCAUGGCAUCGAGAGAUUGUCAUUCACCUCUCAAACUGCACAACAAAAAGUGAAACUUUGGUCUGAAGAGAGGUACGGCUGUUUCAGUGAGAGAGAUCAGCUGUUCCGCCACAGUCUGUCGAAGUUGAGAGAGCAAAUAGUGAAAGCUAAUGCUCUCGUGAGAGAAGCAAACUUUCUGGCAGAAGAGAUGAAUAAACAGACAGAUUAUCAAGUUACUUUGCAAAUUCCAGCAGCAAACCUCAGUGCUAACAAAAAGAGGGGAGCAAUUGUGAGUGAGCCUGCUAUUCAAGUGCGACGCAAGGGAAAAGGGACCCAAGUCUGGCCCAUUGAGAAGCUGGAAAACAAACUAAUUGAUAUGAGAGACCUCUAUCAGGAUUGGAAAGAGAAAGACAUGGUAGAAUAUUACAAUAAGAUACUUAGUAAACACGGAGAUCCUUUCUACGAGGCACAGGAGAAUCAUAACUUGAUUGGUGUGGCCAAUGUCUUCUUGGAGUGCCUUUACCAUGAUGUGAAACUUCAGUAUGCUGUUCCUAUAAUCAGCCAGCAGGGGGAGGUUGCUGGCCGUCUCCAUGUGGAAGUGAUGCGGGUUAGUGGUGUGGUUCCAGAGUGUCCAGAUGGUGGAGACGAUUCUUCAGAGAACUCGAGUGGAAGUUAUGAAGUCAUGGAUAAUAAUGGUGAGGUUGUGCACAUGGCAAAGAAACUGACCUGCAGGGUAAAGAUAAUAGAAGCAACAGGACUUCCCCUCAAUCUCUCAAAUUUUGUAUUCUGUCAGUACAUCUUUUGGGAUCACUCUGACCAAACAGUUGCACCUCCAAUGGUCAAUCCAGAUAUGCCACCUAUCAAAAACAAGCCCUUUGAGUACACUGUGACAUUUGACCACAGUAAGGAUUUUAUAGUGCACGUUACGGAGGAGUUUCUGGAGUUUAUUUCUGAUGGUGCUCUUGCAAUUGAAGUCUGGGGCCAUCGAUGUGCAGGGAAUGGUCGGACUACCUGGGCAGUUGAUGCACUACAAGCAAAAACACGCACACUCUGUGACAGAUGGAGUGAAGUCACACGCAGGAUUGAGAUGUGGAUCUCUGUGCAAGAAUUGAAUGAAAUGGGAGAGUACACAUCAGUGGAAUUGACUCAAGCCAAGGAUGUCAAUACUGGGGGUGUUUUCCAGAUUCGACAGGGUCAAUCUCGUAGGAUUGAAGUUACUGUUAAACCUGUUCAGCACUCUGGGACACUGCCACUUAUGGUGGAAGCAAUUUUGUCUGUUUCUGUAGGAUGUAUUACAGCCAGGUCCAUUAAACUACAGAGACCUUUGGAUAGUUACCAGAAAGAGGAGGAGGAGGAUAUGGAUAGUUAUCAGGAGGAAGAUUUGAAUGAAGUACGAGAAAGAUGGUCUGAUGCAUUAAUGAAGCGUCGGGAGUACUUAGAUGAGCAAAUUCAGAAAGUAAUCAAUAAGCCAGAAAAAACAGAAGAUGAUAUGGAAAGGGAAGCCAGGCUCGUGGAGCAGUGGGUGGGCCUCACUGAGGAGAGAAAUGCUGUGCUUGUUCCUGCUCCAGGCAGUGGGAUUCCAGGAGCCCCUGCAGACUGGAUAUCACCACCAGGAAUGGAAACUCAUAUCCCUGUACUCUUCCUCGACUUAAAUGCUGAUGAUCUCCGUGCAAAUGAACAGCUCACUGGUCCACAUGCACCUGGUGUGAACUCCAUCUUACCGAAGGAACAUGGCAGUCAAUUCUUCUAUUUGCCCAUCAUCAAGCACAGUGAGGAAGAGGUCUCAGCUAUUGCCUCUUGGGACUCGUCAGUCCACGAUUCCAUAUACCUGAAUAAAGUUACCCCACAGAAUGAGCGUAUCUAUUUGAUCAUAAAGACUACAGUGCAGCUCAGCCAUCCAGCCUCUGUGGAGUUGGUGUUGCGCAAGCGUAUAGCCGUCAAUAUUUACAAUAAGCAGAGUUUCACACAGAGUCUGAAACGAAGAAUGUCUUACAAACACAUACUUCAUUCCUGUGGUGUUACCUAUGAAAUAGUAUCCAACAUACCCAAGGCUUCUGAAGAAGCAGAGGAUCGAGAAACUUUGGCACUUAUGGCAGCAAAGAGUGAAAAUGAUGGUUCAGGUGAUGGAGAAACGUACAUUGAAAAGUACACAAGAGGAGUGCUAGAGGUGGAAAACAUCCUUAGUCUUGAACGCCUCAGACAGGCAGUCACGUUAAAAGAAGCACUUUCAUCAAAAGGGAGGCACAUGAAGAGGAGUGUAAGCACACCGAAUGUUCACCAUAAAAAGAAGCUUGCUGAACCGAUGAAGGCAAGCAGUCAUUUAACUGAAGUCCACUGGAGGCCACCAAUACUGAACCAUCAAUCCUUUUCUCCUGCCCAUACCUGCCCUGUGCCCAGCUGUCAAUCUGAAUCAUUACCAUUGGUUCUGCAUCAUUCCAAGGCUACAUCCCAGCAAUUAGUGAAGGUACCUGAGUUCAGCGGAAGUCCAGACUGUAGAGUUGACAUAGAAGACUGGAUCACAUAUAUGCAGGAGCGACUGGUCAUUAGUAAAAUGCCUACCACUCUCCAGUUUGAUCUUGUGGUGCAACACCUUAAGGGAAGAGCAAAAAUAUUUGUCCUUAAUUUGCCACUCAAGGACCAGUCUCCUGCAAGAGCUUUUGAGAAACUCCGAGCAGAGUAUGGGAGCUGCCAACUCUCACCAGAACCUGCAAAUAGUUUCUUUCAAAACUUUCAGCAAUCAAAUGAAGCCAAACCCAGUUAUGCUGUGGGGGCAGUGUUCAGGACUUUUAAAGCUAGGGCGAGUAAACGGAGUUCUUCUACACACAAGGAUUUUAAAAUGCGCCCAGAAUUUAUGAAUGUUGUACUUGACCAAGAUAUUCAUCAGAAGCCUCCAUCCGUAAAUCCAAAGUCGGUAACAUUCAAGGGACGGCAAACUAAGAUGAAACAAGUCCCGUGUGAAAAUGAGAUGUCCUCCAGACAGCACAGAAAGUCGGUCAAAGUUCAUGACCAAUCUAAACCUGCCUCUGUGCAAAGCCGUAAUGAAAGCCUUGGAGAUCCUUCACAACUAGUUGGCAUGCAGACAAGCUCCACACCAGAUUCUGCACUGCUUGAGUUGACGACAUUAGUGAAGCAACUUGCUUUGCACCAGAAGGAUCAAAUGGAGAGACUGCAAAGAAUGGAGCAAUUACAUUUUCGGAUGAGCCCUGGAGGCAAUUCAACGCCAUCUACCGUAGCUAAAGCUUAUAGCAGUGACAUGAAUUUCAAAGAAAGAGUGGACAGCAAAAGUACAGGAUCGCUGAAGACUGAAGGGGUCUGUAUAUGUCACUUUUGUGGACAGGAAGGACAUACCGUUAAAGCGUGCAAGUCAAAAAGACAACCUUUUCUAACAGACAAGCCAGAAGCACACUUUUCCAGCUUCUACCAUUUAGAAAAAUAAGACUUAGAAUCUAGGGGGAAGUGACAUGUAGCAUUUUUUUAAGAAGAAAAUUACCAAAUACAAAGGAAAUGUGGAAAGUCUUUACAGAAAAUAUUUCAAAACUAGGAGCUAACCUGCCUUACUACCCUCAUAAAUUUCAAUUUUUAGCCAGCACUGGCAAUGAGGGACAUAGUUCAGCUAUUAGUGUAACAUACAAAGAUAGGGUAGGCUCUGCAUUUUAAUGAUAACUUGCGAACAGUUUGUAGAGACAGCUGAAACAAACACACCCCUCAGUAAUAUAGGAAGCCUAGGUGUCACGUUACCUCAUGUCCUGAUGAACUAAUUUUUUAAUUAUAUAGGUAUCUUUAUGUGACUCGGUAUAGAAAAGGAGGAAUAGUUUUCCUAAAUUUAUAGAUUUAUACAGUGGUAAAAAGGCCCUUCAGCCCAAAAUAUCUGCACCAACAUAACUACCACCAAAGGUGCACUAAUUCCAAUUUCAUGCACUUGACCCAUAUCCUUGAAUGUUAUAAAACUUGAAGUGCUCAUCAAACAUUUUUUUGUAAAAGGUUGUGUGAUCUCUAGCCUCCAUUACCUCCUUAAACAGUGCAUCCCACCACCUGCGAAGUGAAAAAGUCUUUCCCCAAAUCUCCUCUGAAGCUCCUGCCUUUUCCCUUAAGACUCUGCCCUUUUGUGAUUGACCCCCUCAAUCAAGGGGAACAGCUGCUUUCACUUCACCUUGUCCAUACCCCUCAUGAUCUUAUACACUUCAUUCAUGCCCCCCCCCCCAAACCAGUCUUCUCUCUCUCCUGGAAAGAUAACACUCCAAGCCGAUCUAGUCUCUCCUUAUAGGACAAUUUCUCCAUCCGAGGUAGCAUCCUAGUUCCUUGCUCUCGUACUCUACGCCAUGACUGGUUAAAGCAAAUGUCCCAUAUGCUGCUUUAACUAUCCUAUUCAUGUGGUGUGCCAACUUCAGGAGAUCUGUGAAUAAUUAACUCAAUAUCCCUCUGUUCCUCUAAACUACCCAGUGUCCUACCAUUCAUUAAAUACAUCCUGAUCAUGUUUCUUCUUUCACUUAUUGGAGUGAAAUACCAUCUGCCACUGGUCUGUCUAUCUGACCAACCCAUCUGUGUCUGCCUGGAGCCUACAACCACCUUCUUCACUAUUAAACACUCUACCAGUUUUGAUGUUGACUGCAAACUUGCUCAAAAUUCCCCCACAUUUCCAUCUGUGAUUUUUGUGUGUAAUUAACAAACAAGGGUCCCUGUACUGAUCCUUGUGGUACACCACUGGAUACCAGCCUUCAGUCACUUGAACUACCCCUAUCCUUUGUGUCCUAUUACUAUGCUAGUUUCUGAUUCAUCAUGCCAAGUUUCCCUCAAUCCCAUGUGCUUUAAUCUUCUCAAAUCAGUCUUCUACAUGGGACCUGGUCAAAAGCUUUACUAAAAGUAAUAUAAACUACAUCAACUGGAAUUCCCUCAUCCACAUAUUUAAUCACAUUUUCAAAAUAUUCUAACAAAUUUAUUAGGCAUUGAUGUCCCUCGGACAAAGCCUUGCUGAAUAUCUCCAAUUAACCCAUGUCUUAUUAAUUCCAAGUGCGUAUUAAUUUGAUCCUUCAGACUUUUCUUCAGUAGUUUCCCUACCACUGACCUCACAUGUGUAAUUUCCUGGUUAGUCUCUGCAACCCCUCUUUAAAAAGUGGAACCACAUUCUCUAUCCUCCAGUCCUCGAGCAAACCCCACCCCCCAAGAGCACCUGCAAUUUCCUACCGGGAUGCAUUUCAUCUGGGCCAAGUGAUUUCUCCAUUUUUAAGCCCAUCAUAGACUCCAAUACCUCCCCGUUGCCAGUGUCAAACUGCAUAAGUUCCUCACAUCCCUUUUCCUGAAUUCUGUACCUAUGUUUUCCUUUCUCAGCGUGAAGACUGAAGAGAAGUAUUCAUUUAACACCCUUCCAAUAUCUUGCGGCUUCACACACAGGUUGCCCCUUUGGUUCUGAAUGGGCUGUACUCUUUUCCUGGUUUACCUCUUCCCUUUAAUGUAUUUAUGCAAUAUCUUGUGAUUCUUCCUAAUCAUGUUUGCAAGUCAUUUCUCUUGUCACUUUCUUGCUCUUGGAUUGCUUCCUUAAGUUCUCUCCUGUUCUUCCCGUGUUCCUCCUGGGCCACAGCUGAAUUGCUCCCUUUGAACUUGCUAAAAGCCCUACUCCUCUUCUCUUUCCAGUCCUGGAUUGUCCCAGACAUCCAGGAUUCUCUGAAUCUUUUGCUUUUACAUUUCCCUCUAAAGGGUACGUGUUGGAUCUAUACUCUGAGUUCCUUUUUGAAUGCCCUCCAUUGCGCUGCUGUAGACUUAAUUGGAAGGAGCUGUUAUCAGCCAAAUAUGGUCAGAUUCUGCUUUAUUUUAAUAAAAUCUGCGUUGCCCCAAUCCAAAGCCAUCUCUUGCAGGCCAUCGUUUUCCUUGUCAGAACAAAUUUGAACCAAACCGUGUUGUGAUCGCUAUGACUAAAACGUUUCCGUAUGUUCACCCAGUGCCUUGACUAAUAUCAAAAGGAUAAUAAUAAUUUCCUUCUGUCAGAAAAAUGCUACUUGAAAAAAAUGGGCAGUAAGUUUUAAAUCUAUGAUUAAGAACAACGAGCGAUGUGCCAUAUAUGUUGCCCUUGCCAGUGACACCUACAUCUUUUGGAUAAUUAGUACAUACAUUUUUAGUGAGUUUUUUUUGAGAAGUUUUGUAGCUCAGGUUGAGGUUUUGGAUGUAGGUUUGCUCGCUGAAUUCAGGUCUGAAAAUGAACCUUCCAGCUCAGCGAGCAAACCUACAUCCAGAACAUACAUUUUUAUCUUCACUUUAAAUAAAAUCAGGUUGGAGAUCAACAGUAAGUAACUAAAUAAAUACAGUAGUUAGAAUUAGUAGUUUAGGCACACUCUCAUGUUUCAAGCUCUGAGCAAUUUAAUCAAGAAGUUGAGUAAAUCCACAGUAGUAAAAAGCCUUGAUUUUCGUGAAACAUGGAGUAAUAAAUUGAACUAAUCAAUCAAUCUUCUAUUUAAAAGUAGUCCAACCAUGCAUUUUUUAGAAAUAACAAAUGUUAAAUUUGUGAAUUUAUAAUAUUUAAUAACAGAACCAACAAAUUUCACAUCUAAUUACAUUUAACAGGAGUGGUAUAAUCUGUGGCUGUAAUGCUGAUGUUGAACCUUCCUGGGUGAGAACAAAGAUUGUACAAUUAGCCUUAAGUAUAUUUUGGAUUUGUGGUGCUGGAAGAGCACAGCAGUUCAGGCAGCAUCCGA